AUGCCUGACCACUUUGAUUACAAACUCAAUGUCAAUAUCGAAAAAGGUGUUGAACUGUUUGGUCAAAUUGGAAAAACUUUUUAUGAAGCAAAAUGGAUUCAAUCAAGGGAGCCUCAAAUUAUUUUAAUCGAAAUGGAUAAUGAAACUGCGUAUCAUGAGGCAUCAUUUUACAUUCAACUCAAUCAUAAUGAUCAUAUCAUUCAUACAUUUGGUUUUGUUGAUAAUGAUCUUUAUUUACCUAUUCUACUACAAGAACGUGCUCCCUUUGGUAAUCUUAGUGCUUUACUACAACAAAAUCGAUUUAAACCAUCUCAACAAGUACUUAUUGAAAUCUUUAAUCAAAUCAUUGAUGCCAUGAUUUAUCUUGUUGCUAAAAAUAUUGUGCAUGGUGAUCUCUGCUGUCAUAAUGUACUUGUUUUUAAAAUGAAUUCAAAUAAACGAGAAGAAAAUCUAGUCAAGUUAACCAAUUAUCAUAAUGCACGAUCGAUCGAUCAGCCAAUCAGAAAUGAUGGUCGAAUAACAGCUCCAAUACGAUACUGUGCAGUCGAAAUUCUACGUAGUGCAGGUCGAUCAAACUAUUCUGAAUUAUCUGAUGUUUAUUCGAUGGGUGUACUUAUGUGGGAAGCUUGUUCACAAGGUGAAAUUCCAUAUACAAAUAUGAGCAAUAUUGAAAUUCGACAAAGAAAAUUGAGAGGCGAAAAAUUACAGCGUCCGUACCAAUGUGAUAAUAAUUUGUGGCUGAUAGUUCAAGAUUGUUGGCAUAAUGAACCAGAUCUACGUUACACGUUUUCAGAGAUCAAGAUUCGACUAUCUACCACUAAAAUUAAGUAUGUAAAAUUACAUUUAUCUGCCUUUACUUAA